UGCCUAUCGCUGCUCGCUCGCUCUCUCUCUCGCUCUGCUUUGGUCUUGCUAAGAAGCGACCCGAGUGAAAUGUAACAAAACAAGCGGCGCCUUCGCCCGCGCUUAAAGGAGCCGCGCUCGCUCGGAGGCGAAACUGAGGGGGGGGGAAGAAGUCGCGGGGAAAGUGGCCCGGAGGAAAGGGGACGAGGACCUGGUUGUUGGUUUCCUUCCUCCACGUUCCCAGGUGGAGCCGCACGGAGGGGAAACUGCGCCGGAGAAGGAGGCUUGCCUACCAAGAAGGAAAGGGGAAGGAGGAAAGCGGCAGGACAAGGGGGACGCGCGCCGGACUCUUGCUGAGGGACCAGGGCCGGCUCGAUGGCAGCGGCGCCGUCGGAGGAGGCGCUCGCUGCCGCCGCCGCUGCUGUUGCCGCCGCCGCUUCGGGCAGGACCUGCGCGAAGUUUGCUCGGUGAUGGCUUGAAAGUUGCCGGCAGCGCCCGGGGAAGGCUGGCUCGACGGCCCCAGCGCGCCUGCCUGCCUGCCUCGCCUUUCUCCCUCUUUCUGCUGCUGCUGCUGGUGGUGUUUGUUUCGGACUCGGCGAGCAGCGCCAUGUCGAAAGUGAUCCAGAAGAAGAACCACUGGACGACCAAGGUGCACCAGUGCGCGGUGAGCCGCGGGGCUCAGGGCCAGCUGGGGGUCACCAUCCUGGGGGGAGCGGAAUAUGGAGAGUUUCCUUACGUCGGGGCGACGGCCGAGGAGGACGGCGGCGGAGGCGACGGGAAACUGGGCGAAGGGGAGCUCUUGUUGGAGGUGCAGGGCAUCCGGGUGUCGGGCUUGCCCCGCUACGACGUGCUGGGAGUUAUCCGCAGCUGCAAGGACCCCGUGCUUUUCAAAGCCGUCAGACAAGGAAGUCGUCUGAACAAAGAUCUGAGACAUUAUCUCAACCAGAGGUUUCAGAAAGGAUCUCCAGAUCACGAGCUGCAACAGACUAUUAGAGAUAACCUUUAUCGCCACGCUGUGCCUUGCACAACACGUCCUCCACGAGAAGGAGAAGUGCCUGGUGUGGACUAUAACUUUCUGACUGUGCAGGAGUUUCUUGAGCUUGAAAAAAGCGGGACUCUUCUUGAAGUGGGAACCUAUGAAGGUAACUACUAUGGAACACCCAAGCCUCCCAGCCAACCCCUCAGUGGGAAAGUGAAUAAUACUGAUGCUUUGCAAAACCUCCAGUCCGGCUCCAAGCAGUCGACCCCCAAGCGAACCAAGUCUUACAAUGAUAUGCAAAAUGCUGGCAUAGUGCAUACGGAGAAUGAAGAGGAAGAUGAUGUCCCUGAAAUGAACAGUAGCUUUACAGCAGACUCUGGUGAACAAGACGAGCACAAUACACACAGCACAAGAGAUUCAGCUCCCCCAUCUGUGAAUAAUAGCAGUAUCACCACUGUUCCCACCACGGAACCUUCUCAGAAGCUCCCUCAAUACCUACCUCCUUGUGCAGAGGAAAACUUGGGUCCUCUGCCUGAAAACUGGGAGAUGGCCUAUACAGAAAAUGGAGAAGUCUACUUUAUAGACCAUAACACUAAAACGACGUCUUGGCUAGACCCACGGUGCCUGAACAAACAGCAAAAGCCUCUAGAAGAAUGUGAAGAUGACGAAGGGGUACACACGGAGGAACUGGACAGUGAACUAGAACUACCUACUGGUUGGGAAAAGAUUGAAGAUCCUGUAUAUGGUGUCUACUAUGUAGAGACUGGAGUCCAGAUGGACAUGAGGGUAAACUUUGCAUUGGGCUCAAGCCACAUCAACCGGAAAACACAAUAUGAAAACCCAGUUCUGGAAGCUAAACGGAAGAAACAGCUUGAGCAGCAGCAGCAGCAACCACCACAACCACCAGAAGAAUGGACAGCGGAGCACCCGCCACUUGCCCCUCCUGCCCUUCCAAACCACACUCCCAACAACCAGGAGACAGUUCGAGAUGCUCCAGUACAAACAGGAAAGCCGUUUUUCACACGGAACCCAUCUGAACUGAAAGGAAAGUUCAUUCACACCAAACUGAGGAAAAGCAGCAGGGGUUUUGGUUUCACCGUCGUCGGCGGGGAUGAACCGGAUGAAUUUCUUCAGAUAAAGAGUUUGGUGCUUGAUGGGCCUGCAGCACUGGAUGGCAAAAUGGAAACAGGGGACGUUAUCGUCAGCGUGAAUGACACGUGUGUGCUGGGCCAUACGCACGCUCAAGUUGUCAAAAUCUUCCAGUCGAUCCCCAUCGGCGCCAGCGUGGAUCUAGAACUCUGCCGAGGCUACCCUCUGCCUUUCGACCCCGAUGAUCCCAACACGAGCCUAGUGACCUCUGUGGCCAUCUUGGAUAAAGAACCGAUCAUUGUGAACGGGCAGGAGAACUAUGACUCCCCGGCGAGUCACGGCAGCAAAACGGGGAAAGUAAACGGGAUGAAGGAGCCCAGGCCCAGCAGCCCGGCUGAGGUUUCCUCGAACGGAUCCCACGGCUACCCCAAUGACACCGUCUCUUUGGCUUCUUCUAUAGCGACGCAACCUGAACUCAUAACUGUACAUAUAAUCAAAGGGCCGAUGGGCUUUGGCUUCACUAUAGCAGACAGUCCCGGGGGCGGGGGACAGAGAGUGAAGCAAAUCGUUGACAGCCCAAGGUGCCGAGGCCUAAAAGAAGGGGAUCUUAUAGUGGAAGUCAGUAAGAAGAAUGUCCAGAAUCUAACUCACAACCAAGUGGUGGAUAUGCUUAUCGAAUGCCCAAAAGGAAGCGAAGUGACGCUGCUUGUACAGCGAGGAGGACUGCCAGCCCCUAAGAAGAGCCCAAAGUCGCAACCACUUGAAAGGAAAGACAGCCAAAACAGCUCUCAGCACAGCGUCUCCAGCCACCACAGCACCCACACCGCUUCACCUGUCCGCAGCACCCAGGUGCUUCCCGACUACCCUGCCACCGAAGCACCAGCUGCGGAGCAACCAGACAACGCUGGGCAGAAGAAGCCAGAUCCAUUCAAAAUCUGGGCCCAGUCCAGGAGCAUGUAUGAAAGCCGACCUAUGUCACCUUCGCCUGCGACUGGACUGAGCAAGGGUGAAAGAGAGAGAGAAAUCAAUUCCACGAAUUUUGGAGAAUUUCCAGAUUAUCAAGAGCAGGAUAUUUUUCUAUGGAGGAAAGAGACUGGAUUUGGAUUUAGGAUUCUGGGUGGAAAUGAGCCUGGAGAACCUAUUUACAUUGGUCACAUUGUGCCACUGGGUGCUGCAGAUGCUGAUGGCCGCCUGCGAUCUGGGGACGAAUUGAUCUGCGUGGAUGGGACCCCUGUUGUCGGGAAAUCUCACCAGCUUGUAGUUCAGCUUAUGCAACAGGCCGCCAAGCAAGGCCAUGUCAAUCUGACUGUCAGGCGCAAAGUGGUUUACACAGUUCCGAAAGCAGAGAACGAGGUCCCCUCCCCAGCCUCAUCUCACCACAGCAGCAACCAGCCUGCUUCUCUGACAGAGGAGAAGCGCACUCCGCAGGGGAGCCAGAACUCGCUCAACACCGUCAGUUCCGGCAGCGGCAGCACCAGUGGAAUCGGCAGCGGAGGAGGCGGGGGCAGUGGUGUGGUCAGCACUGUGGUGCAGCCCUACGAUGUGGAAAUAUGCCGUGGAGAGAAUGAAGGCUUUGGCUUUGUCAUCGUGUCUUCCGUUAGCCGGCCAGAAGCUGGAACGACGUUCGCGGGCAAUGCAUGUGUGGCCAUGCCUCACAAAAUAGGUCGAAUUAUUGAGGGGAGCCCAGCAGACCGCUGUGGGAAGCUGAAAGUGGGGGACCGGAUCCUGGCCGUUAAUGGAUGCUCCAUCACCAACAAAUCACAUUCGGACAUCGUCAACCUAAUUAAAGAAGCGGGAAAUAUGGUUACUCUGCGCAUUAUCCCAGGGGAUGAAUCCUCCAAUGCAACCUUAUUGACCAAUGCAGAAAAAAUUGCUACAAUUACAACCACACAUACUCCUCAACAAAUGCCACAGGAGACCAGGAACAACACAAAACCAAAGCAAGAGUCCCAAUUCGAUUUCAAACCACCCACAGCCUCACAGCCGGACCAGGAUUUUUACACAGUGGAGCUUGAAAGAGGAGCCAAAGGGUUUGGCUUUAGCCUACGAGGGGGCCGAGAAUAUAACAUGGAUCUCUAUGUGCUGCGGUUAGCGGAGGACGGUCCUGCUGAGAGAUGCGGGAAAAUGAGGAUCGGUGAUGAAAUCCUGGAGAUCAAUGGAGAAACCACAAAAAACAUGAAGCACGCCCGAGCCAUAGAACUAAUUAAAAAUGGUGGCCGCAAAGUUCGCCUGUUUCUCAAACGUGGAGAUGGCUCUGUACCAGAAUAUGACCCCAGCAGUGACAGGAACAGUCCAGCCACAGGUUCACAAAAUGUAUCGGAAGUGAAAAACAUGCCAUCUGACAGACGACAACACUCAUCAUUGGAGCCCAGUUAUCCACCAGAUCUUCACAAAUCAUCACAACAUGGAGACAAGCGGAUAUAUGUUAAGGACCCAAAAGGCAGCAGAGAGUUUGGCAGACAAUCUAAUGAGCACCACACAUGGAAUGGAACUUCUAAAAACAGCAAUAGCAUAGCAGGCAGGAAAAAAGACAGGUCCCCGGAAGGCAGGAGAGACCGGCAACCGGAGAGGAUGGUGGUGAUCAAUGGACAAAAACGGAAAUCUCCCGAGAAGAGGAGGGAAGGGACCAGGAGUGCUGACAACACUUUGGAGAGAAGGGAAAGACAUGAGAAGAGGAGAGACUUUUCUCCAGAGAGACGGAGGGAGAGGUCACCAGCCCGCAGGAGGGAUGGCUCACCAAGCAGAAGGAGGCGGUCGCUCGAAAGGCUUAUGGAUCAACGAAGGUCACCUGACAGGAAGAGGGAGAGCUCCCCCCCUGAAAGGAGGGCAAAGUCAACUGACAGGAGAAGGGAGAGGACCCCAGAACGGAGGAGAGAGAGGUCUCCUGACAAAAGGAAUAGAGAUGAUAGAGUGGGUUUCAGGGAGAAGGAAGAGCGCGCUCUAAAAUACGACACUAAUAAAAAUAACAGGCACCCCCCUGAGCAAAGACGGCGACCCUAUAAGGAAUGCAGUACUGACCUCAGUAUCUAGUGGGUUUUGCAAGCUCAAGAUACAACUGCGGCCUUUCCAGCAUUCAGCGUUCCCAAGAGUGCGAAGGUAGCAAGCUGGGAAUCCAUUUUAGUUCCCCACAUCCGAUGCCUCCAACAGCAACAGUGGAAAUGAAAUCUAAAUCAUGAGAGUUUGUGCAAGUCUUGUACCUGGUUUAUGACAACAUUAAAGUAUUUUCCAAUGUAUUCAUUAAAAAAAAUAUGUCGCCAAAUGUUAGUCUUGAAGGAUUAUGAAAGUUGUGUUCUUCCAUAAUCAGUAACCAUAAUGAGCAUAAAACCUUUCAUUGAUAACUUUUGUUUCAUUGUUGUCCCUUUCCUAGUUAUUUGGAGGGCGAGGCAACAACGGUUAAGGGUUUUAUGACCAACCACACUGAUUUGCUCUCAUUGCGAUUCACUGCAGUGAUGUUAUGUAGGAUUUCCUAAAGGAUGGGUUGGAGGAAGAGUGUUCUUAUGAAGAGUAGGUUUAUAAUUAAAUAACCGAGAACUACUGUGGUAGAAGGGUGUGUCCCCCCCCCCUUUACAUAUAAAGAACGUAUUGCUAAAAUUAAGAACUAUUUGAAGAGACUACUAUUAGGAUGAAGGAUAUUUAUACAAAUCCACACAGCACAAGAUGUUAAAAGGAAUUUAUAGUGUGUUCCAUGAACAAUAUGUACUUUUGGGUCUCCUUUAAAAGGAAGCAAGGUGGCCAAGGACUGGGAGCCAUUGUGGGGAUCAACCAUCUUUUUCUCCCCCCCCCCCCUAUCUGGACACUGAAUAUUUCACAAAGGCAGCACCACUGUGAGUCUUCUUCGACUGGGCGGAUGAAACUGGAGUCUGGACAAUAUCAUUUGUCUACUCUGAAGGGAAAUUUAUAUUAGUUUUGGUUCCUGAGUCAAGAUGCAUUUUGAGGAACAAACGCUCCUUUCACAGACUGGGUUUUAAUGCCUUCAGUUCAGGCUAUAUGUUUUUAUUACUAUUAUUGCCAAAUGGAGCUGCCUCUCUAGGAUUCUGUUUUUUGUUUUGUUUUGUUUUUCCGAUUUGCUGGUCCACACUUACUUGAGGCAAAAGAAGUGUAUUUGCAAAGGAAAUGUGAUGUGUCGAGGACUGUUAAAAGAAGCAGUGGCUGGAAAGUUUGGCUUUGGGGUUUCAACACCAAGUAUAUGCUGUACUUCUGGACUGUAAAGAAUGGGGAGAAACCAAUACAAGGUUCUGUUUUUUUUAAUGGCAAGUUUGUGUGGUAGGUCUGCUGUAGUACUGAUAUGAGAUAUUAAUGGAUUACUGCCUAGCUGAGCCAAAAUGUUUGCCAUUACCAUUGGACCACUAAAGGUUUAAAGACUGCUGCUUUUUUUUUUUUUACAGUGCAUUGAUGUGUACAUGUAUACUGUUUCACCAUCUUUUACACACACACACACACACACACACACACACACACAGGUAAGGAUUACAAGUCUAUCACUGUUGUUGCCAUGGUACUGUAAAGAAAAAGGAAAAAAAGAGAUGGCCAAUCAUUGUGUGUACAGAGUUUAAAUUGUAAUUAAUAGAGCCUGUUGAAAACAAAACAAAAAAACUGUUGCCUUUUUUCUUAUAUAAAAGAGACUUUAUGACAAAAUUUAGCUGUGGGGAAUGUGCUAAGUGUUUAUAUUUCUGGAAAAAAAAUGGAACAAAUUGAUUCAUGAGGAUAUAUUUUAAUGUAAACUGAAUCAGGUAUGUAAAGCUGUUUUAAACAGGAGACUGUAUAAGUAACUGAAGCUUUUGUUGGUUUGAAUAUCAUAUCUUUCCUCAUGGUUGGGGGGGAGGGGCUGCCUGUUUGACCCUUAGGCACUUGUGUGCGGUCUGUGUUCUUCUUCAGUCCUCAUUUCUUGCAGUGUGCUAUAGUCAUAAUGCUCUCUCUUCUGUGUCGAUGAAAAGCAGUCUGUGGGCCAAUCUUUUUUAUAAAACACUAUGCAUAUAUAAAUACUACAUUGUUCAUAGCUUUAUUUGACUUAAUCGGGUUUAUACAUGACAUUAGUUAUAAGUAGAUGUGGACUUUACCCAGUAUAAAAUUCUUUCCUUGGGAUAAAACACAAUGUAUAUGAUGUAGCUACUAAGAAAGAAAGAGUCUGUGAAUGCUAUUUUUAUUAUCAAAUAAAGAUUUCCAUACAAAGUAAA